GCAUAAAUGAGCCGUAAGGACUGACCGGGCACGGCCAGGUCCCACAGCGGGACGUCCAGCAGCUCCUGCGGCAGAACAGACAUCCAGUCCGGGUUCCCUUCCCCCCGCGGCCGCGCCCUGGUCGCCAUGUUCCUCUGCAGGAAGAUUCAGCAACUUACAACAUCUUUCUUUGAAGCAGUCUGAAGAUAAACGGACCGGCCCACCACGGUCACACCACUGUCCCCACCCUCCCGGCCCAGCCUGCGUCACAUACAGCUCUAAAUGAAUAAAGCAGAUGGACUGCAGCGUUCAGAGGACUCUGCACUCAGACUACGAGCAGGCUCAGAGGAGAGGAGAUCUGGAUGAAGAUGUCGCAGCGCUACGACUGCAAAGAGUGCAAUGAGUCCUUGUACGGACAGAAGUACAUCUUGAGGGAGGACAACCCGUUCUGCAUAAAGUGCUACGAGGGUCUUUACUCCAACAACUGUGAAACAUGCCUGAAGCUCAUCAGCUGCAUCAGCAAGGAUCUGUCGUACAAGGAGCGCCACUGGCACAGCGAAUGCUUCCUGUGCAACAAGUGCAGCCGGUCCCUGGUCGACCGGCCCUUCGCCACCAAGGACACCAUGCUGAUGUGCACCGACUGCUACUGCCACGAGUACUCCGCCAAGUGCUACGCCUGUCUGAAGACCAUCAUGCCAGGCACCAAGAAGAUGGAGCAUAAGAACAACAGUUGGCAUGAAAAGUGCUUCGUCUGCAACUACUGCCAGCAGCCCAUCGGCACCAAGAGCUUCGUCAAGAAGGACAACAACAACUACUGCCUGGCCUGCUACGAGAAGCAGUUUGCUCAGCAGUGUGUUCACUGCAAGAAGGGCAUCACGAGCGGCGGCGUGAGCUACCGCGACCAGCCCUGGCACAAGGAGUGCUUUCUCUGCACCGGGUGCAAGCAGCAGCUGGCCGGCCAGCGGUUCACCUCUCGGGACGACUCCGCCUACUGCCUCGACUGCUUCUGCAACAUGUUUGCCAAGAAAUGUGCCUGCUGCACCACCCCCAUCAGUGGUCUCGGUGGCAGCAAGUACAUCUCCUUCGAGGAUCGCCAGUGGCACAACGACUGCUUCAACUGCAAAAAGUGCUCGGCUUCACUGGUGGGUCAGGGUUUCCUGACAUGCGACGAUGACAUCUUCUGCCCCGACUGCGGGAAGGAGCUCUGAGCCAGAAGACGGUCCGUCCAGUCCGGCAGCGUCCUCCCAAUGUGACCUUUGUGCCAUUCAGUUUCUUGCAAACUAACCUGCAUGCGCCGGUGAUUUAGUGCUUGUAUGGCUCAGGUGAAGCAUUCAUUGCAAAUGGUGCUUCCAAUGUUUUACUAAAGAAAGAUUUCUGGCUCCCUUACAGAAGAAAAAACUGUGUGCUUCGUUUUGAAUUGAAAGACUCUUUCAUACCAGUGUAACUUCUUCUGAAAUGUUAAAGGAUAUAACAACGUGCAAAAGGUUUUAACGGAUAGCAGAGUAUUGCUAAUGUCUUACUAACUCUGUGUGCUCUAAUCCCCAUUUCUUUUUAACCAAAUCUGAAUCUGUUGUGAAAAUAAAGACCUUUUUCACUCUGUGGAUGCAGAA